CCUUUUUCUUUCUAUUUUCCUUUCUCUUUCCCACCACCCAACCAAGAAAUGGAAUUCUUUGACAACAAAGCCAGAGCCAGAGUCUUUUUAACUCUCUGCUUUCUUCCCCUCUGUUUUUCCUCUUCUUCAAUUCAUGACCUUCUUGUUUCAAGGGGGUUACCAGCAGGACUCGUCCCAAGGGAAGUCAAAUCCUACACUCUCUCAGAAAAUGGGACACUGGAGGUUUUCCUGGAUGCACCUUGCUUGACCAAGUUUGAGAACAGGGUCUUCUUUGACAGUGUGGUUAGGGCUAACCUCAGCUAUGGCAGCCUGAUGGGAGUUGUGGGAUUGACCCAAGAAGAGCUCUUUCUCUGGCUCCCUGUUAAGGACAUCAUUGUUGAUGACCCCAAAUCUGGUCUCAUUUUGUUUGACAUUGGCGUUGCCCACAAACAGCUCUCUUUAUCCCUCUUUGAAGAUCCUCCAAAUUGCAAACCACAAGGGAUAUUGAGGAAUCAUGUGAGGAAGGAGAAAGGGUUUGAAGGAGUGAGAUAGGAAGAUGCCAAAGCAGUUUCAACCUUGUCCUUUUCCCCCCUAAUAUGUGUACUGAUAAAUAGUUUUCUAAUUAUAGUUUAAAUAUGUAGGAGGGCCAGCUAGCUGGAAUCUGUAAAAAGAUAUGUGAAAUCUUGGAAUCUACAGUACUAAUCUAAUUAAAAAAUUCCAAUCUU